AUGUUCUUUCAUCGUGUAGUAGGUGCUGUUGCUCUGCUCAGCGCUGUAUCUGCAUCUUCGUCUUUUGGCCAUCGGCACAAACAUCCAUCACUUCCUCGAUCCAACCUUUAUCCAAGAGCCGCUUGCUCUGGAAACACUGCAGACACUCGCUCAGAAUGGUGUGAUUAUCCGGUCGAUACGGAUUAUGCGACCGAGGUUCCUGACACUGGCGUGACUCGAGAAUACUGGCUCGAGCUCACGGACGUUACAGUCUCGCCCGACGGCGUUUCCCGUUCGGCAAUGGCUGUCAACGGCACUAUUCCCGGACCUACACUCUUUGCCGACUGGGGCGAUACUGUCACCGUUCACGUGAUCAACUCUUUGACUACGUCCAACAAUGGGACUAGUAUGCACUUCCACGGUAUUCGACAAAACUAUACAAACGAUCAGGACGGUGUGAGCUCCAUCACUCAAUGUCCUACUGCACCAGGCGACACAAUCACAUACACAUGGCGAGCGACACAGUAUGGUAGCACAUGGUAUCAUUCACAUUGGGCACUCCAAGCUUGGCAGGGUAUCUUUGGAGGAAUUGUUAUCAAUGGACCGGCGACGUCAAACUACGAUGAAGAUUUGGGCAUGCUGUUCUUGAACGAUUGGGACCACCAGACUGUGGAUGAGCUUUACAUCUCAGCUGAAUCAAGUGGACCGCCGACUCUGGACAACGGUUUGAUCAACGGCACAAACACAUACGAUGAUGGCGGUUCCAGGUUCUCAACGGCUUUCACGUCGGGCACAUCAUACCGUAUCAGGCUUGUCAACGCGGCUGUGGAUACGCACUUCCGAUUCAUGAUCGACAACCACACUAUGACUGUCAUUGCAGCAGAUCUGGUGCCUAUCGUGCCGUACGAGACUACUGUUCUGACCAUGGGCAUGGGCCAACGCUACGAUAUCAUUGUCACCGCAGACCAAGCUUCCGUUGCCGACAACUUCUGGCUCCGAGCCAUUCCCCAAUCUGCAUGCUCUGACAACGAUAACAUCUACGGCAUCAAGGGCAUCGUGUACUACGGCGACGCAGCCUCUGAUCCCACUACAUCGGCAUAUGACUACGACGAUGACUGUGACGACGAGACCUCCAACCUCGUACCCUACAUCUCCAAAACCGUGGGUACACAGUCCCUCACCGAGGAGGAAGGCGUCACCGUCGGUUUCAACACGGACAUGCUUUUCCGCUGGUACAUGAACAGCACGACCAUGGUAGUUGACUGGGAGGACCCCACGCUGUCGAAGAUCCUCGCCGGCAACACAACCUACGCAACAUCCAACGCCGUCAUCGAGCUCCCCACCGCAAACCAGUGGUUCUACCUCGUCAUCGCGACCACGCUCAGCAUCCCCCACCCUAUCCAUCUCCACGGCCACGACUUCUUCAUCCUCGCUCAAGCUUCUGGUACCUACUCCGACUCCGUUACGCUCAAUCUCGACAACCCCCCGAGGAGAGAUACCGCGAUGCUGCCCGCCUCGGGCUACCUUGUCAUCGCGUUCGAGACGGAUAACCCCGGCGCGUGGCUGAUGCAUUGCCACAUCGGAUGGCACACGAGCGAGGGCUUCGCGAUCCAGUUUGUCGAGCGCGCGGAUGAGAUCGAGGCGAUUACUAACGCGGAUCGUUUGUCCAACACGUGCUCGAACUGGAGCACGUUCCAGACGGCGAACUCGAUCGAGCAGGAGGACUCUGGUGUAUAG